AUGGAAGAGUCUUCUCAGGGGAGUUUUGUUACAAACAUAAAUGAGGAUUACGAAGCAGUUUGUUGGGGAUGUGGGCUAAACCUUGUUCUUCCAUCAUAUGCACCUGUUUUCAAGUGUGGAUGGUGUGGUGCAAUCACGAAUCAGAAUCCAGUCAGACCUGAAACCAAAAGCUUUGGGUUGAGACGUUUCCGUGACCGGUGUUUUGUCGUUAUUCUGGCAGUUUUUAUGCUCUUUGUGAUAUGUGGUGGGAUUUGGGCUGCAUAUCCUGUCUUGUUUUCAAUCAGCUUGGCUUGCGGAAUUUUUCAUUGUAUUACGACAGCGUGUCUGGCGACAUCAACGCUCUCAACAUUUAUUCUUGUUGCUUUUAAAUGCGCCGGGAGACCACCAAAUAUCCUUUAUGGAACCCACCCUGGAGUAGGGAAUGGCGCACUUAACAACUAUACCUUUUGUAACUACUGCUCCAAGCCCAAGUCACCUAGAACUCAUCACUGCCGCACGUGUCGCAUGUGUGUCUUGGACAUGGAUCACCAUUGCCCCUUUAUUGGGAACUGUGUUGGUGCGGGGAAUCACAAACAAUUUAUAGCAUUUCUUAUCUCAGCCGUCAUUAGCACAAUCUAUGCUGCUGUUAUGUGUGUGUAUUCUGUGAUUCACAUCUUGCCACCUAUGGAAAAUAGAGCUGCGUAUGCAUCUGAGGUGGCCCAUGUGGCGCAUGGUAAUAGUUUAUCGGUUCUGAGAGCAGUGAAGAAUAUAUCUUUUGCUUACAUAGCCAACGCUGUCUUCAUCUCCGUUCGAGGCCUUGUCCUAGUCUAUCUCUUUGUGGCAAGUGUUUCUGUGGCGAUUGGGUUAAGUGUUUUGUUGUGGCAACAGCUUAGCUAUAUUUAUGAAGGCAAGACUUACUUAAGCCAUUUAAGUUCUCAAGGAACAGAAGAAGAUGGUGAAAAGAGCUGCCGGAAUCUUUUGUUGUUUUUCGGAUGUCCACAUUCAAUUGAAUGGCACUUGCCAACCAUAAGGAAAUUGAGGAAGAGACAUAAGACAUGAAAAGAACAAGAAGAAAAUCCUAGCCGAGUAUUUUCUCUAUGUGUCCUCCUAGGUUUGGAGCUUGUUUUGGUCAAUUCAGAAAAAUCAUCAUACGUCGAGCUAACAGGUAAUGCAGAUUAGCAGAGUGUGUACCUUUUGUGAAAUUCAUGAUUAUAGAGUAUAGGAGCAGUUGCUCCUGUAAAUUUUGUUUUAAGAUUGUAAAAUUAUUGUUUCCCUGACAUGCCUUUGGACUCGAAAUUCAAAGGGGUUACAUAGAAAUGUCUUUUUAGCAGUCGUCAAUAAUAGAACUUACAGCU